AUGUUAUUCUCCUUCCUCACUCUCUUCCCCCUCCCAGACACAUGCGCACUCAAGGCCUGUGGUGUGAACGGGUGGUGCAUGAAGUUUGGCACUACUAAAGUGGCGUCCUGUCUGUGUUACACUGGCUUUGAGCUGCAGCCGGAUGGCAAGACGUGCACUGGCAUCGACCCAUGUGGGGGCUGCCCUGCAGGACCAACAUGCACUGUUGCUGCCACUUUUGAGUCGACUCAAAACACUGGCUGCAUCAACGGUGCCACCCCCACCGUCUCUUCCACCAGCAUCACCUUCUACGAUCAGACCAACUACACCGUCACUUUCAACACCUACACAAUGCGACUCAACUUCAACGCCUGCACCACCCUCCCUCCUAUCACCGUUGAGGCCACGCGAGCGAUUCUGCGAGCGGACAUGGUGCCUGGGGGGGCGGGGGACUGUGCUGCUGUGUACGCGUUCCCGUGGAGCAGCUGGUGCAUUGGUCCCAAGACAACGCUUCGCCCUCCAUCUCUUUCCCUCCUCUUCUUUCCAUCCAUUUUCUCAGUCUCUUUCCCUCCUCUUCUUCCCAUCCAUUUGCUCAGUCUCUUUCCCUCCUCUUCUUCCCAUCCAUUUUCUCAGUCUCUUUCCCUCCUCUUCUUCCCAUCGAUUUUCUCAGUCUCUUUCCCUCCUCUUCUUCCCAUCCAUUUUCUCAGUCUCUUUCCCUCCUCUUCUUCCCAUCCAUUUUCUCAAUCUCUUUCCCUCCUCUUCUUCCCAUCCAUUUUCUCAGUCUCUUUCCCUCCUCUUCUUCCCAUCCAUUUGCUCAGUCUCUUUCCCUCCUCUUCUUUCCAUCCAUUUUCUCAGUCUCUUUCCCUCCUCUUCUUCCCAUCCAUUUGCUCAGUCUCUUUCCCUCCUCUUCUUCCCAUCCAUUUUCUCAGUCUCUUUCCCUCCUCUUCUUCCCAUCCAUUUUCUCAGUCUCUUUCCCUCCUCUUCUUCCCAUCCAUUUUCUCAGUCUCUUUCCCUCCUCUUCUUCCCAUCCAUUUUCUCAAUCUCUUUCCCUCCUCUUCUUCCCAUCCAUUUUCUCAGUCUCUUUCCCUCCUCUUCUUCCCAUCCAUUUGCUCAGUCUCUUUCCCUCCUCUUCUUUCCAUCCAUUUUCUCAGUCUCUUUCCCUCCUCUUCUUCCCAUCCAUUUGCUCAGUCUCUUUCCCUCCUCUUCUUCCCAUCCAUUUUCUCAGUCUCUUUCCCUCCUCUUCUUCCCAUCCAUUUUCUCAGUCUCUUUCCCUCCUCUUCUUCCCAUCCAUUUUCUCAGUCUCUUUCCCUCCUCUUCUUCCCAUCCAUUUUCUCAGUCUCUUUCCCUCCUCUUCUUUCCAUCUAUUUUCUCAGUCUCUUUCCCUCCUCUUCUUCCCAUCCAUUUGCUCAGUCUCUUUCCCUCCUCUUCUUCCCAUCCAUUUUCUCAGUCUCUUUCCCUCCUCUUCUUCCCAUCCAUUUUCUUGCUGCUGGAGUUACUGGAGCUGGAGGUGCUGCUGGCGCUGGUGCUGCCGCUGGGGGUGCUGAUGCUGUUCUUUCCCUCCUCUUCUUCCCAUCCAUUUUCUCAGUCUCUUUCCCUCCUCUUCUUCCCAUCCAUUUUCUCAGUCUCUUUCCCUCCUCUUCUUCCCAUCCAUUUUCUCAAUCUCUUUCCCUCCUCUUCUUCCCAUCCAUUUUCUCAGUCUCUUUCCCUCCUCUUCUUCCCAUCCAUUUGCUCAAUCUCUUUCCCUCCUCUUCUUUCCAUCCAUUUUCUCAAUCUCUUUCCCUCCUCUUCUUCCCAUCCAUGUUCUCAAUCUCUUUCCCUCCUCUUCUUCCCAUCCAUUUUUUCAGUCUCUUUCCCUCCUCUUCUUCCCAUCCAUUUUCUCAGUCUCUUUCCCUCCUCUUCUUCCCAUCCAUUUUCUCAGUCUCUUUCCCUCCUCUUCUUCCCAUCCAUUUGCUCAAUCUCUUUCCCUCCUCUUCUUCCCAUCCAUGUUCUCAGUCUCUUUCCCUCCUCUUCUUCCCAUCCAUUUGCUCAAUCUCUUUCCCUCCUCUUCUUUCCAUCCAUUUUCUCAAUCUCUUUCCCUCCUCUUCUUCCCAUCCAUGUUCUCAAUCUCUUUCCCUCCUCUUCUUCCCAUCCAUUUUCUCAAUCUCUUUCCCUCCUCUUCUUCCCAUCCAUUUUCUCAGUCUCUUUCCCUCCUCUUCUUCCCAUCCAUUUGCUGAGUCUCUUUCCCUCCUCUUCUUUCCAUCCAUUUUCUCAGUCUCUUUCCCUCCUCUUCUUCCCAUCCAUUUUCUCAAUCUCUUUCCCUCCUCUUCUUCCCAUCCAUUUUCUCAGUCUCUUUCCCUCCUCUUCUUCCCAUCCAUUUUCUCAGUCUCUUUCCCUCCUCUUCUUCCCAUCCAUUUUCUCAAUCUCUUUCCCUCCUCUUCUUCCCAUCCAUUUUCUCAGUCUCUUUCCCUCCUCUUCUUCCCAUCCAUUUGCUCAGUCUCUUUCCCUCCUCUUCUUUCCAUCCAUUUUCUCAGUCUCUUUCCCUCCUCUUCUUCCCAUCCAUUUGCUCAGUCUCUUUCCCUCCUCUUCUUCCCAUCCAUUUUCUCAGUCUCUUUCCCUCCUCUUCUUCCCAUCCAUUUUCUCAGUCUCUUUCCCUCCUCUUCUUCCCAUCCAUUUUCUCAGUCUCUUUCCCUCCUCUUCUUCCCAUCCAUUUUCUCAAUCUCUUUCCCUCCUCUUCUUCCCAUCCAUUUUCUCAGUCUCUUUCCCUCCUCUUCUUCCCAUCCAUUUGCUCAAUCUCUUUCCCUCCUCUUCUUUCCAUCCAUUUUCUCAAUCUCUUUCCCUCCUCUUCUUCCCAUCCAUGUUCUCAAUCUCUUUCCCUCCUCUUCUUCCCAUCCAUUUUCUCAGUCUCUUUCCCUCCUCUUCUUCCCAUCCAUUUUCUCAGUCUCUUUCCCUCCUCUUCUUCCCAUCCAUUUUCUCAGUCUCUUUCCCUCCUCUUCUUCCCAUCCAUUUGCUCAAUCUCUUUCCCUCCUCUUCUUCCCAUCCAUGUUCUCAGUCUCUUUCCCUCCUCUUCUUCCCAUCCAUUUGCUCAAUCUCUUUCCCUCCUCUUCUUUCCAUCCAUUUUCUCAAUCUCUUUCCCUCCUCUUCUUCCCAUCCAUGUUCUCAAUCUCUUUCCCUCCUCUUCUUCCCAUCCAUUUUCUCAAUCUCUUUCCCUCCUCUUCUUCCCAUCCGUUUUCUCAGUCUCUUUCCCUCCUCUUCUUUCCAUCCAUUUUCUCAGUCUCUUUCCCUCCUCUUCUUCCCAUCCAUUUGCUCAGUCUCUUUCCCUCCUCUUCUUCCCAUCCAUUUUCUCAGUCUCUUUCCCUCCUCUUCUUCCCAUCCAUUUUCUCAGUCUCUUUCCCUCCUCUUCUUCCCAUCCAUUUUCUCAGUCUCUUUCCCUCCUCUUCUUCCCAUCCAUUUUCUCAAUCCCUUUCCCUCCUCUUCUUCCCAUCCAUUUUCUCAGUCUCUUUCCCUCCUCUUCUUCCCAUCCAUUUUCUCAGUCUCUUUCCCUCCUCUUCUUCCCAUCCAUUUUCUCAGUCUCUUUCCCUCCUCUUCUUCCCAUCCAUUUUCUCAGUCUCUUUCCCUCCUCUUCUUCCCAUCCAUUUGCUCAAUCUCUUUCCCUCCUCUUCUUUCCAUCCAUUUUCUCAAUCUCUUUCCCUCCUCUUCUUCCCAUCCAUGUUCUUAAUCUCUUUCCCUCCUCUUCUUCCCAUCCAUUUUCUCAGUCUCUUUCCCUCCUCUUCUUCCCAUCCAUUUUCUCAGUCUCUUUCCCUCCUCUUCUUCCCAUCCAUUUUCUCAGUCUCUUUCCCUCCUCUUCUUCCCAUCCAUUUUCUCAGUCUCUUUCCCUCCUCUUCUUCCCAUCCAUUUUCUCAAUCUCUUUCCCUCCUCUUCUUCCCAUCCAUUUUCUCAGUCUCUUUCCCUCCUCUUCUUCCCAUCCAUUUGCUCAGUCUCUUUCCCUCCUCUUCUUUCCAUCCAUUUUCUCAGUCUCUUUCCCUCCUCUUCUUCCCAUCCAUUUGCUCAGUCUCAAUCCCUCCUCUUCUUCCCAUCCAUUUUCUCAGUCUCUUUCCCUCCUCUUCUUCCCAUCCAUUUUCUCAGUCUCUUUCCCUCCUCUUCUUCCCAUCCAUUUUCUCAGUCUCUUUCCCUCCUCUUCUUCCCAUCCAUUUUCUCAAUCUCUUUCCCUCCUCUUCUUCCCAUCCAUUUUCUCAGUCUCUUUCCCUCCUCUUCUUCCCAUCCAUUUGCUCAAUCUCUUUCCCUCCUCUUCUUUCCAUCCAUUUUCUCAAUCUCUUUCCCUCCUCUUCUUCCCAUCCAUGUUCUCAAUCUCUUUCCCUCCUCUUCUUCCCAUCCAUUUUCUCAAUCUCUUUCCCUCCUCUUCUUCCCAUCCAUUUUCUCAGUCUCUUUCCCUCCUCUUCUUCCCAUCCAUUUUCUCAGUCUCUUUCCCUCCUCUUCUUCCCAUCCAUUUGCUCAAUCUCUUUCCCUCCUCUUCUUCCCAUCCAUGUUCUCAGUCUCUUUCCCUCCUCUUCUUCCCAUCCAUUUGCUCAAUCUCUUUCCCUCCUCUUCUUUCCAUCCAUUUUCUCAAUCUCUUCCCCUCCUCUUCUUCCCAUCCAUGUUCUCAAUCUCUUUCCCUCCUCUUCUUCCCAUCCAUUUUCUCAAUCUCUUUCCCUCCUCUUCUUCCCAUCCGUUUUCUCAGUCUCUUUCCCUCCUCUUCUUCCCAUCCAUUUGCUCAGUCUCUUUCCCUCCUCUUCUUUCCAUCCAUUUUCUCAGUCUCUUUCCCUCCUCUUCUUCCCAUCCAUUUGCUCAGUCUCUUUCCCUCCUCUUCUUCCCAUCCAUUUUCUCAGUCUCUUUCCCUCCUCUUCUUCCCAUCCAUUUUCUCAGUCUCUUUCCCUCCUCUUCUUCCCAUCCAUUUUCUCAGUCUCUUUCCCUCCUCUUCUUCCCAUCCAUUUUCUCAAUCUCUUUCCCUCCUCUUCUUCCCAUCCAUUUUCUCAGUCUCUUUCCCUCCUCUUCUUCCCAUCCAUUUUCUCAGUCUCUUUCCCUCCUCUUCUUCCCAUCCAUUUUCUCAUCUCUUUCCCUCCUCUUCUUCCCAUCCAUUUUCUCAGUCUCUUUCCCUCCUCUUCUUCCCAUCCAUUUUCUCAGUCUCUUUCCCUCCUCUUCUUCCCAUCCAUUUUCUCAAUCUCUUUCCCUCCUCUUCUUCCCAUCCAUUUUCUCAGUCUCUUUCCCUCCUCUUCUUCCCAUCCAUUUGCUCAAUCUCUUUCCCUCCUCUUCUUUCCAUCCAUUUUCUCAAUCUCUUUCCCUCCUCUUCUUCCCAUCCAUGUUCUCAAUCUCUUUCCCUCCUCUUCUUCCCAUCCAUUUUCUCAAUCUCUUUCCCUCCUCUUCUUCCCAUCCAUUUUCUCAGUCUCUUUCCCUCCUCUUCUUCCCAUCCAUUUUCUCAGUCUCUUUCCCUCCUCUUCUUCCCAUCCAUUUGCUCAAUCUCUUUCCCUCCUCUUCUUCCCAUCCAUGUUCUCAGUCUCUUUCCCUCCUCUUCUUCCCAUCCAUUUGCUCAAUCUCUUUCCCUCCUCUUCUUUCCAUCCAUUUUCUCAAUCUCUUUCCCUCCUCUUCUUCCCAUCCAUGUUCUCAAUCUCUUUCCCUCCUCUUCUUCCCAUCCAUUUUCUCAAUCUCUUUCCCUCCUCUUCUUCCCAUCCGUUUUCUCAGUCUCUUUCCCUCCUCUUCUUCCCAUCCAUUUGCUCAGUCUCUUUCCCUCCUCUUCUUUCCAUCCAUUUUCUCAGUCUCUUUCCCUCCUCUUCUUCCCAUCCAUUUGCUCAGUCUCUUUCCCUCCUCUUCUUCCCAUCCAUUUUCUCAGUCUCUUUCCCUCCUCUUCUUCCCAUCCAUUUUCUCAGUCUCUUUCCCUCCUCUUCUUCCCAUCCAUUUUCUCAAUCUCUUUCCCUCCUCUUCUUCCCAUCCAUUUUCUCAGUCUCUUUCCCUCCUCUUCUUCCCAUCCAUUUGCUCAAUCUCUUUCUCUCCUCUUCUUUCCAUCCAUUUUCUCAAUCUCUUUCCCUCCUCUUCUUCCCAUCCAUGUUCUCAAUCUCUUUCCCUCCUCUUCUUCCCAUCCAUUUUCUCAAUCUCUUUCCCUCCUCUUCUUCCCAUCCGUUUUCUCAGUCUCUUUCCCUCCUCUUCUUUCCAUCCAUUUUCUCAGUCUCUUUCCCUCCUCUUCUUCCCAUCCAUUUUCUCAGUCUCUUUCCCUCCUCUUCUUCCCAUCCAUUUUCUCAAUCUCUUUCCCUCCUCUUCUUCCCAUCCAUUUUCUCAGUCUCUUUCCCUCCUCUUCUUCCCAUCCAUUUGCUCAAUCUCUUUCCCUCCUCUUCUUUCCAUCCAUUUUCUCAAUCUCUUUCCCUCCUCUUCUUCCCAUCCAUGUUCUUAAUCUCUUUCCCUCCUCUUCUUCCCAUCCAUUUUCUCAGUCUCUUUCCCUCCUCUUCUUCCCAUCCAUUUUCUCAGUCUCUUUCCCUCCUCUUCUUCCCAUCCAUUUUCUCAGUCUCUUUCCCUCCUCUUCUUCCCAUCCAUUUUCUCAAUCUCUUUCCCUCCUCUUCUUCCCAUCCAUUUUCUCAGUCUCUUUCCCUCCUCUUCUUCCCAUCCAUUUGCUCAAUCUCUUUCCCUCCUCUUCUUUCCAUCCAUUUUCUCAAUCUCUUUCCCUCCUCUUCUUCCCAUCCAUGUUCUCAAUCUCUUUCCCUCCUCUUCUUCCCAUCCAUUUUCUCAAUCUCUUUCCCUCCUCUUCUUCCCAUCCAUUUUCUCAGUCUCUUUCCCUCCUCUUCUUCCCAUCCAUUUUCUCAGUCUCUUUCCCUCCUCUUCUUCCCAUCCAUUUGCUCAAUCUCUUUCCCUCCUCUUCUUCCCAUCCAUGUUCUCAGUCUCUUUCCCUCCUCUUCUUCCCAUCCAUUUGCUCAAUCUCUUUCCCUCCUCUUCUUUCCAUCCAUUUUCUCAAUCUCUUUCCCUCCUCUUCUUCCCAUCCAUGUUCUCAAUCUCUUUCCCUCCUCUUCUUCCCAUCCAUUUUCUCAAUCUCUUUCCCUCCUCUUCUUCCCAUCCGUUUUCUCAGUCUCUUUCCCUCCUCUUCUUCCCAUCCAUUUGCUCAGUCUCUUUCCCUCCUCUUCUUUCCAUCCAUUUUCUCAGUCUCUUUCCCUCCUCUUCUUCCCAUCCAUUUGCUCAGUCUCUUUCCCUCCUCUUCUUCCCAUCCAUUUUCUCAGUCUCUUUCCCUCCUCUUCUUCCCAUCCAUUUUCUCAGUCUCUUUCCCUCCUCUUCUUCCCAUCCAUUUUCUCAAUCUCUUUCCCUCCUCUUCUUCCCAUCCAUUUUCUCAGUCUCUUUCCCUCCUCUUCUUCCCAUCCAUUUGCUCAAUCUCUUUCUCUCCUCUUCUUUCCAUCCAUUUUCUCAAUCUCUUUCCCUCCUCUUCUUCCCAUCCAUGUUCUCAAUCUCUUUCCCUCCUCUUCUUCCCAUCCAUUUUCUCAAUCUCUUUCCCUCCUCUUCUUCCCAUCCGUUUUCUCAGUCUCUUUCCCUCCUCUUCUUUCCAUCCAUUUUCUCAGUCUCUUUCCCUCCUCUUCUUCCCAUCCAUUUUCUCAGUCUCUUUCCCUCCUCUUCUUCCCAUCCAUUUUCUCAAUCUCUUUCCCUCCUCUUCUUCCCAUCCAUUUUCUCAGUCUCUUUCCCUCCUCUUCUUCCCAUCCAUUUGCUCAGUCUCUUUCCCUCCUCUUCUUUCCAUCCAUUUUCUCAGUCUCUUUCCCUCCUCUUCUUCCCAUCCAUUUGCUCAGUCUCAAUCCCUCCUCUUCUUCCCAUCCAUUUUCUCAGUCUCUUUCCCUCCUCUUCUUCCCAUCCAUUUUCUCAGUCUCUUUCCCUCCCCUUCUUCCCAUCCAUUUUCUCAGUCUCUUUCCCUCCUCUUCUUCCCAUCCAUUUUCUCAAUCUCUUUCCCUCCUCUUCUUCCCAUCCAUUUUCUCAGUCUCUUUCCCUCCUCUUCUUCCCAUCCAUUUGCUCAAUCUCUUUCCCUCCUCUUCUUUCCAUCCAUUUUCUCAAUCUCUUUCCCUCCUCUUCUUCCCAUCCAUGUUCUCAAUCUCUUUCCCUCCUCUUCUUCCCAUCCAUUUUCUCAAUCUCUUUCCCUCCUCUUCUUCCCAUCCAUUUUCUCAGUCUCUUUCCCUCCUCUUCUUCCCAUCCAUUUUCUCAGUCUCUUUCCCUCCUCUUCUUCCCAUCCAUUUGCUCAAUCUCUUUCCCUCCUCUUCUUCCCAUCCAUGUUCUCAGUCUCUUUCCCUCCUCUUCUUCCCAUCCAUUUGCUCAAUCUCUUUCCCUCCUCUUCUUUCCAUCCAUUUUCUCAAUCUCUUUCCCUCCUCUUCUUCCCAUCCAUGUUCUCAAUCUCUUUCCCUCCUCUUCUUCCCAUCCAUUUUCUCAAUCUCUUUCCCUCCUCUUCUUCCCAUCCGUUUUCUCAGUCUCUUUCCCUCCUCUUCUUCCCAUCCAUUUGCUCAGUCUCUUUCCCUCCUCUUCUUUCCAUCCAUUUUCUCAGUCUCUUUCCCUCCUCUUCUUCCCAUCCAUUUGCUCAGUCUCUUUCCCUCCUCUUCUUCCCAUCCAUUUUCUCAGUCUCUUUCCCUCCUCUUCUUCCCAUCCAUUUUCUCAGUCUCUUUCCCUCCUCUUCUUCCCAUCCAUUUUCUCAGUCUCUUUCCCUCCUCUUCUUCCCAUCCAUUUUCUCAAUCCCUUUCCCUCCUCUUCUUCCCAUCCAUUUUCUCAGUCUCUUUCCCUCCUCUUCUUCCCAUCCAUUUUCUCAGUCUCUUUCCCUCCUCUUCUUCCCAUCCAUUUUCUCAGUCUCUUUCCCUCCUCUUCUUCCCAUCCAUUUUCUCAGUCUCUUUCCCUCCUCUUCUUCCCAUCCAUUUGCUCAAUCUCUUUCCCUCCUCUUCUUUCCAUCCAUUUUCUCAAUCUCUUUCCCUCCUCUUCUUCCCAUCCAUUCUCUUUCCCUCCUCUUCUUCCCAUCCAUUUUCUCAGUCUCUUUCCCUCCUCUUCUUCCCAUCCAUUUUCUCAAUCUCUUUCCCUCCUCUUCUUCCCAUCCAUUUUCUCAGUCUCUUUCCCUCCUCUUCUUCCCAUCCAUUUGCUCAAUCUCUUUCCCUCCUCUUCUUUCCAUCCAUUUUCUCAAUCUCUUUCCCUCCUCUUCUUCCCAUCCAUGUUCUCAAUCUCUUUCCCUCCUCUUCUUCCCAUCCAUUUUCUCAAUCUCUUUCCCUCCUCUUCUUCCCAUCCAUUUUCUCAGUCUCUUUCCCUCCUCUUCUUCCCAUCCAUUUUCUCAGUCUCUUUCCCUCCUCUUCUUCCCAUCCAUUUGCUCAAUCUCUUUCCCUCCUCUUCUUCCCAUCCAUGUUCUCAGUCUCUUUCCCUCCUCUUCUUCCCAUCCAUUUGCUCAAUCUCUUUCCCUCCUCUUCUUUCCAUCCAUUUUCUCAAUCUCUUUCCCUCCUCUUCUUCCCAUCCAUGUUCUCAAUCUCUUUCCCUCCUCUUCUUCCCAUCCAUUUUCUCAAUCUCUUUCCCUCCUCUUCUUCCCAUCCGUUUUCUCAGUCUCUUUCCCUCCUCUUCUUCCCAUCCAUUUGCUCAGUCUCUUUCCCUCCUCUUCUUUCCAUCCAUUUUCUCAGUCUCUUUCCCUCCUCUUCUUCCCAUCCAUUUGCUCAGUCUCUUUCCCUCCUCUUCUUCCCAUCCAUUUUCUCAGUCUCUUUCCCUCCUCUUCUUCCCAUCCAUUUUCUCAGUCUCUUUCCCUCCUCUUCUUCCCAUCCAUUUUCUCAGUCUCUUUCCCUCCUCUUCUUCCCAUCCAUUUUCUCAAUCCCUUUCCCUCCUCUUCCUCCAAUCCAUUUUCUCAGUCUCUUUCCCUCCUCUUCUUCCCAUCCAUUUUCUCAGUCUCUUUCCCUCCUCUUCUUCCCAUCCAUUUUCUCAGUCUCUUUCCCUCCUCUUCUUCCCAUCCAUUUUCUCAGUCUCUUUCCCUCCUCUUCUUCCCAUCCAUUUGCUCAAUCUCUUUCCCUCCUCUUCUUUCCAUCCAUUUUCUCAAUCUCUUUCCCUCCUCUUCUUCCCAUCCAUGUUCUUAAUCUCUUUCCCUCCUCUUCUUCCCAUCCAUUUUCUCAGUCUCUUUCCCUCCUCUUCUUCCCAUCCAUUUUCUCAGUCUCUUUCCCUCCUCUUCUUCCAAUCCAUUUUCUCAGUCUCUUUCCCUCCUCUUCUUCCCAUCCAUUUUCUCAGUCUCUUUCCCUCCUCUUCUUCCCAUCCAUUUUCUCAAUCUCUUUCCCUCCUCUUCUUCCCAUCCAUUUUCUCAGUCUCUUUCCCUCCUCUUCUUCCCAUCCAUUUGCUCAGUCUCUUUCCCUCCUCUUCUUUCCAUCCAUUUUCUCAGUCUCUUUCCCUCCUCUUCUUCCCAUCCAUUUGCUCAGUCUCAAUCCCUCCUCUUCUUCCCAUCCAUUUUCUCAGUCUCUUUCCCUCCUCUUCUUCCCAUCCAUUUUCUCAGUCUCUUUCCCUCCUCUUCUUCCCAUCCAUUUUCUCAGUCUCUUUCCCUCCUCUUCUUCCCAUCCAUUUUCUCAAUCUCUUUCCCUCCUCUUCUUCCCAUCCAUUUUCUCAGUCUCUUUCCCUCCUCUUCUUCCCAUCCAUUUGCUCAAUCUCUUUCCCUCCUCUUCUUUCCAUCCAUUUUCUCAAUCUCUUUCCCUCCUCUUCUUCCCAUCCAUGUUCUCAAUCUCUUUCCCUCCUCUUCUUCCCAUCCAUUUUCUCAGUCUCUUUCCCUCCUCUUCUUCCCAUCCAUUUUCUCAGUCUCUUUCCCUCCUCUUCUUCCCAUCCAUUUUCUCAGUCUCUUUCCCUCCUCUUCUUCCCAUCCAUUUGCUCAAUCUCUUUCCCUCCUCUUCUUCCCAUCCAUGUUCUCAGUCUCUUUCCCUCCUCUUCUUCCCAUCCAUUUGCUCAAUCUCUUUCCCUCCUCUUCUUUCCAUCCAUUUUCUCAAUCUCUUUCCCUCCUCGUCUUCCCAUCCAUGUUCUCAAUCUCUUUCCCUCCUCUUCUUCCCAUCCAUUUUCUCAAUCUCUUUCCCUCCUCUUCUUCCCAUCCGUUUUCUCAGUCUCUUUCCCUCCUCUUCUUCCCAUCCAUUUGCUCAGUCUCUUUCCCUCCUCUUCUUUCCAUCCAUUUUCUCAGUCUCUUUCCCUCCUCUUCUUCCCAUCCAUUUGCUCAGUCUCUUUCCCUCCUCUUCUUCCCAUCCAUUUUCUCAGUCUCUUUCCCUCCUCUUCUUCCCAUCCAUUUUCUCAGUCUCUUUCCCUCCUCUUCUUCCCAUCCAUUUUCUCAGUCUCUUUCCCUCCUCUUCUUCCCAUCCAUUUUCUCAAUCCCUUUCCCUCCUCUUCUUCCCAUCCAUUUUCUCAGUCUCUUUCCCUCCUCUUCUUCCCAUCCAUUUUCUCAGUCUCUUUCCCUCCUCUUCUUCCCAUCCAUUUUCUCAGUCUCUUUCCCUCCUCUUCUUCCCAUCCAUUUUCUCAGUCUCUUUCCCUCCUCUUCUUCCCAUCCAUUUGCUCAAUCUCUUUCCCUCCUCUUCUUUCCAUCCAUUUUCUCAAUCUCUUUCCCUCCUCUUCUUCCCAUCCAUGUUCUUAAUCUCUUUCCCUCCUCUUCUUCCCAUCCAUUUUCUCAAUCUCUUUCCCUCCUCUUCUUCCCAUCCGUUUUCUCAGUCUCUUUCCCUCCUCUUCUUCCCAUCCAUUUGCUCAGUCUCUUUCCCUCCUCUUCUUUCCAUCCAUUUUCUCAGUCUCUUUCCCUCCUCUUCUUCCCAUCCAUUUGCUCAGUCUCUUUCCCUCCUCUUCUUCCCAUCCAUUUUCUCAGUCUCUUUCCCUCCUCUUCUUCCCAUCCAUUUUCUCAGUCUCUUUCCCUCCUCUUCUUCCCAUCCAUUUGCUCAAUCUCUUUCCCUCCUCUUCUUUCCAUCCAUUUUCUCAAUCUCUUUCCCUCCUCUUCUUCCCAUCCAUGUUCUCAAUCUCUUUCCCUCCUCUUCUUCCCAUCCAUUUUCUCAAUCUCUUUCCCUCCUCUUCUUCCCAUCCAUUUUCUCAGUCUCUUUCCCUCCUCUUCUUCCCAUCCAUUUUCUCAGUCUCUUUCCCUCCUCUUCUUCCCAUCCAUUUGCUCAAUCUCUUUCCCUCCUCUUCUUCCCAUCCAUGUUCUCAGUCUCUUUCCCUCCUCUUCUUCCCAUCCAUUUGCUCAAUCUCUUUCCCUCCUCUUCUUUCCAUCCAUUUUCUCAAUCUCUUUCCCUCCUCUUCUUCCCAUCCAUGUUCUCAAUCUCUUUCCCUCCUCUUCUUCCCAUCCAUUUUCUCAAUCUCUUUCCCUCCUCUUCUUCCCAUCCGUUUUCUCAGUCUCUUUCCCUCCUCUUCUUCCCAUCCAUUUGCUCAGUCUCUUUCCCUCCUCUUCUUUCCAUCCAUUUUCUCAGUCUCUUUCCCUCCUCUUCUUCCCAUCCAUUUGCUCAGUCUCUUUCCCUCCUCUUCUUCCCAUCCAUUUUCUCAGUCUCUUUCCCUCCUCUUCUUCCCAUCCAUUUUCUCAGUCUCUUUCCCUCCUCUUCUUCCCAUCCAUUUUCUCAGUCUCUUUCCCUCCUCUUCUUCCCAUCCAUUUUCUCAAUCCCUUUCCCUCCUCUUCUUCCCAUCCAUUUUCUCAGUCUCUUUCCCUCCUCUUCUUCCCAUCCAUUUUCUCAGUCUCUUUCCCUCCUCUUCUUCCCAUCCAUUUUCUCAGUCUCUUUCCCUCCUCUUCUUCCCAUCCAUUUUCUCAGUCUCUUUCCCUCCUCUUCUUCCCAUCCAUUUGCUCAAUCUCUUUCCCUCCUCUUCUUUCCAUCCAUUUUCUCAAUCUCUUUCCCUCCUCUUCUUCCCAUCCAUGUUCUUAAUCUCUUUCCCUCCUCUUCUUCCCAUCCAUUUUCUCAGUCUCUUUCCCUCCUCUUCUUCCCAUCCAUUUUCUCAGUCUCUUUCCCUCCUCUUCUUCCCAUCCAUUUUCUCAGUCUCUUUCCCUCCUCUUCUUCCCAUCCAUUUUCUCAAUCUCUUUCCCUCCUCUUCUUCCCAUCCAUUUUCUCAGUCUCUUUCCCUCCUCUUCUUCCCAUCCAUUUGCUCAAUCUCUUUCCCUCCUCUUCUUUCCAUCCAUUUUCUCAAUCUCUUUCCCUCCUCUUCUUCCCAUCCAUGUUCUCAAUCUCUUUCCCUCCUCUUCUUCCCAUCCAUUUUCUCAAUCUCUUUCCCUCCUCUUCUUCCCAUCCAUUUUCUCAGUCUCUUUCCCUCCUCUUCUUCCCAUCCAUUUUCUCAGUCUCUUUCCCUCCUCUUCUUCCCAUCCAUUUGCUCAAUCUCUUUCCCUCCUCUUCUUCCCAUCCAUGUUCUCAGUCUCUUUCCCUCCUCUUCUUCCCAUCCAUUUGCUCAAUCUCUUUCCCUCCUCUUCUUUCCAUCCAUUUUCUCAAUCUCUUUCCCUCCUCUUCUUCCCAUCCAUGUUCUCAAUCUCUUUCCCUCCUCUUCUUCCCAUCCAUUUUCUCAAUCUCUUUCCCUCCUCUUCUUCCCAUCCGUUUUCUCAGUCUCUUUCCCUCCUCUUCUUCCCAUCCAUUUGCUCAGUCUCUUUCCCUCCUCUUCUUUCCAUCCAUUUUCUCAGUCUCUUUCCCUCCUCUUCUUCCCAUCCAUUUGCUCAGUCUCUUUCCCUCCUCUUCUUCCCAUCCAUUUUCUCAGCCUCUUUCCCUCCUCUUCUUCCCAUCCAUUUUCUCAGUCUCUUUCCCUCCUCUUCUUCCCAUCCAUUUUCUCAGUCUCUUUCCCUCCUCUUCUUCCCAUCCAUUUUCUCAAUCCCUUUCCCUCCUCUUCCUCCAAUCCAUUUUCUCAGUCUCUUUCCCUCCUCUUCUUCCCAUCCAUUUUCUCAGUCUCUUUCCCUCCUCUUCUUCCCAUCCAUUUUCUCAGUCUCUUUCCCUCCUCUUCUUCCCAUCCAUUUUCUCAGUCUCUUUCCCUCCUCUUCUUCCCAUCCAUUUGCUCAAUCUCUUUCCCUCCUCUUCUUUCCAUCCAUUUUCUCAAUCUCUUUCCCUCCUCUUCUUCCCAUCCAUUCUCUUUCCCUCCUCUUCUUCCAAUCCAUUUUCUCAGUCUCUUUCCCUCCUCUUCUUCCCAUCCAUUUUCUCAGUCUCUUUCCCUCCUCUUCUUCCCAUCCAUUUUCUCAAUCUCUUUCCCUCCUCUUCUUCCCAUCCAUUUUCUCAGUCUCUUUCCCUCCUCUUCUUCCCAUCCAUUUGCUCAGUCUCUUUCCCUCCUCUUCUUUCCAUCCAUUUUCUCAGUCUCUUUCCCUCCUCUUCUUCCCAUCCAUUUGCUCAGUCUCAAUCCCUCCUCUUCUUCCCAUCCAUUUUCUCAGUCUCUUUCCCUCCUCUUCUUCCCAUCCAUUUUCUCAGUCUCUUUCCCUCCUCUUCUUCCCAUCCAUUUUCUCAGUCUCUUUCCCUCCUCUUCUUCCCAUCCAUUUUCUCAAUCUCUUUCCCUCCUCUUCUUCCCAUCCAUUUUCUCAGUCUCUUUCCCUCCUCUUCUUCCCAUCCAUUUGCUCAAUCUCUUUCCCUCCUCUUCUUUCCAUCCAUUUUCUCAAUCUCUUUCCCUCCUCUUCUUCCCAUCCAUGUUCUCAAUCUCUUUCCCUCCUCUUCUUCCCAUCCAUUUUCUCAGUCUCUUUCCCUCCUCUUCUUCCCAUCCAUUUUCUCAGUCUCUUUCCCUCCUCUUCUUCCCAUCCAUUUUCUCAGUCUCUUUCCCUCCUCUUCUUCCCAUCCAUUUGCUCAAUCUCUUUCCCUCCUCUUCUUCCCAUCCAUGUUCUCAGUCUCUUUCCCUCCUCUUCUUCCCAUCCAUUUGCUCAAUCUCUUUCCCUCCUCUUCUUUCCAUCCAUUUUCUCAAUCUCUUUCCCUCCUCGUCUUCCCAUCCAUGUUCUCAAUCUCUUUCCCUCCUCUUCUUCCCAUCCAUUUUCUCAAUCUCUUUCCCUCCUCUUCUUCCCAUCCGUUUUCUCAGUCUCUUUCCCUCCUCUUCUUCCCAUCCAUUUGCUCAGUCUCUUUCCCUCCUCUUCUUUCCAUCCAUUUUCUCAGUCUCUUUCCCUCCUCUUCUUCCCAUCCAUUUGCUCAGUCUCUUUCCCUCCUCUUCUUCCCAUCCAUUUUCUCAGUCUCUUUCCCUCCUCUUCUUCCCAUCCAUUUUCUCAGUCUCUUUCCCUCCUCUUCUUCCCAUCCAUUUUCUCAGUCUCUUUCCCUCCUCUUCUUCCCAUCCAUUUUCUCAAUCCCUUUCCCUCCUCUUCUUCCCAUCCAUUUUCUCAGUCUCUUUCCCUCCUCUUCUUCCCAUCCAUUUUCUCAGUCUCUUUCCCUCCUCUUCUUCCCAUCCAUUUUCUCAGUCUCUUUCCCUCCUCUUCUUCCCAUCCAUUUUCUCAGUCUCUUUCCCUCCUCUUCUUCCCAUCCAUUUGCUCAAUCUCUUUCCCUCCUCUUCUUUCCAUCCAUUUUCUCAAUCUCUUUCCCUCCUCUUCUUCCCAUCCAUGUUCUUAAUCUCUUUCCCUCCUCUUCUUCCCAUCCAUUUUCUCAAUCUCUUUCCCUCCUCUUCUUCCCAUCCAUUUUCUCAGUCUCUUUCCCUCCUCUUCUUCCAUCCAUUUGCUCAAUCUCUUUCCCUCCUCUUCUUUCCAUCCAUUUUCUCAAUCUCUUUCCCUCCUCUUCUUCCCAUCCAUGUUCUCAAUCUCUUUCCCUCCUCUUCUUCCCAUCCAUUUUCUCAAUCUCUUUCCCUCCUCUUCUUUCCAUCCAUUUUCUCAGUCUCUUUCCCUCCUCUUCUUCCCAUCCAUUUUCUCAAUCUCUUUCCCUCCUCUUCUUCCCAUCCAUUUUCUCAGUCUCUUUCCCUCCUCUUCUUCCCAUCCAUUUUCUCAAUCUCUUUCCCUCCUCUUCUUCCCAUCCAUUUUCUCAGUCUCUUUCCCUCCUCUUCUUCCCAUCCAUUUGCUCAAUCUCUUUCCCUCCUUUUCUUUCCAUCCAUUUUCUCAAUCUCUUUCCCUCCUCUUCUUCCCAUCCAUGUUCUCAAUCUCUUUCCCUCCUCUUCUUACCAUCCAUUUUCUCAAUCUCUUUCCCUCCUCUUCUUCCCAUCCAUUUUCUCAGUCUCUUUCCCUCCUCUUCUUCCCAUCCAUUUUUUCAGUCUCUUUCCCUCCUCUUCUUCCCAUCCAUUUUCUCAAUCUCUUUCCCUCCUCUUCUUCCCAUCCAUUUUCUCAGUCUCUUUCCCUCCUCUUCUUCCCAUCCAUUUGCUCAAUCUCUUUCCCUCCUCUUCUUUCCAUCCAUUUUCUCAAUCUCUUUCCCUCCUCUUCUUUCCAUCCAUGUUCUCAAUCUCUUUCCCUCCUCUUCUUCCCAUCCAUUUUCUCAGUCUCUUUCCCUCCUCUUCUUCCCAUCCAUUUUCUCAGUCUCUUUCCCUCCUCUUCUUCCCAUCCAUUUUCUCAGUCUCUUUCCCUCCUCUUCUUCCCAUCCAUUUGCUCAAUCUCUUUCCCUCCUCUUCUUCCCAUCCAUGUUCUCAGUCUCUUUCCCUCCUCUUCUUCCCAUCCAUUUGCUCAAUCUCUUUCCCUCCUCUUCUUUCCAUCCAUUUUCUCAAUCUCUUUCCCUCCUCUUCUUCCCAUCCAUGUUCUCAAUCUCUUUCCCUCCUCUUCUUCCCAUCCAUUUGCUCAAUCUCUUUCCCUCCUCUUCUUCCCAUCCAUGUUCUCAGUCUCUUUCCCUCCUCUUCUUCCCAUCCAUUUGCUCAAUCUCUUUCCCUCCUCUUCUUUCCAUCCAUUUUCUCAAUCUCUUUCCCUCCUCUUCUUCCCAUCCAUGUUCUCAAUCUCUUUCCCUCCUCUUCUUCCCAUCCAUUUUCUCAAUCUCUUUCCCUCCUCUUCUUCCCAUCCAUUUUCUCAGUCUCUUUCCCUCCUCUUCUUCCCAUCCAUUUGCUCAAUCUCUUUCCCUCCUCUUCUUCCCAUCCAUGUUCUCAGUCUCUUUCCCUCCUCUUCUUCCCAUCCAUUUGCUCAAUCUCUUUCCCUCCUCUUCUUUCCAUCCAUUUUCUCAAUCUCUUUCCCUCCUCUUCUUCCCAUCCAUGUUCUCAAUCUCUUUCCCUCCUCUUCUUCCCAUCCAUUUUCUCAAUCUCUUUCCCUCCUCUUCUUCCCAUCCAUUUUCUCAGUCUCUUUCCCUCCUCUUCUUCCCAUCCAUUUGCUCAAUCUCUUUCCCUCCUCUUCUUUCCAUCCAUUUUCUCAAUCUCUUUCCCUCCUCUUCUUCCCAUCCAUGUUCUCAAUCUCUUUCCCUCCUCUUCUUACCAUCCAUUUUCUCAAUCUCUUUCCCUCCUCUUCUUCCCAUCCAUUUUCUCAGUCUCUUUCCCUCCUCUUCUUCCCAUCCAUUUUCUCAAUCUCUUUCCCUCCUCUUCUUCCCAUCCAUGUUCUCAGUCUCUUUCCCUCCUCUUCUUCCCAUCCAUUUGCUCAAUCUCUUUCCCUCCUCUUCUUUCCAUCCAUUUUCUCAAUCUCUUUCCCUCCUCUUCUUCCCAUCCAUGUUCUCAAUCUCUUUCCCUCCUCUUCUUCCCAUCCAUUUUCUCAAUCUCUUUCCCUCCUCUUCUUCCCAUCCAUUUUCUCAGUCUCUUUCCCUCCUCUUCUUCCCAUCCAUUUGCUCAAUCUCUUUCCCUCCUCUUCUUUCCAUCCAUUUUCUCAAUCUCUUUCCCUCCUCUUCUUCCCAUCCAUGUUCUCAAUCUCUUUCCCUCCUCUUCUUACCAUCCAUUUUCUCAAUCUCUUUCCCUCCUCUUCUUCCCAUCCAUUUUCUCAGUCUCUUUCCCUCCUCUUCUUCCCAUCCAUUUUCUCAGUCUCUUUCCCUCCUCUUCUUCCCAUCCAUUUUCUCAGUCUCUUUCCCUCCUCUUCUUCCCAUCCAUUUGCUCAAUCUCUUUCCCUCCUCUUCUUCCCAUCCAUGUUCUCAGUCUCUUUCCCUCCUCUUCUUCCCAUCCAUUUGCUCAAUCUCUUUCCCUCCUCUUCUUUCCAUCCAUUUUCUCAAUCUCUUUCCCUCCUCUUCUUCCCAUCCAUGUUCUCAAUCUCUUUCCCUCCUCUUCUUCCCAUCCAUUUUCUCAAUCUCUUUCCCUCCUCUUCUUCCCAUCCAUUUUCUCAGUCUCUUUCCCUCCUCUUCUUCCCAUCCAUUUGCUCAAUCUCUUUCCCUCCUCUUCUUUCCAUCCAUUUUCUCAAUCUCUUUCCCUCCUCUUCUUCCCAUCCAUGUUCUCAAUCUCUUUCCCUCCUCUUCUUACCAUCCAUUUUCUCAAUCUCUUUCCCUCCUCUUCUUCCCAUCCAUUUUCUCAGUCUCUUUCCCUCCUCUUCUUCCCAUCCAUUUUCUCAAUCUCUUUCCCUCCUCUUCUUCCCAUCCAUGUUCUCAGUCUCUUUCCCUCCUCUUCUUCCCAUCCAUUUGCUCAAUCUCUUUCCCUCCUCUUCUUUCCAUCCAUUUUCUCAAUCUCUUUCCCUCCUCUUCUUCCCAUCCAUGUUCUCAAUCUCUUUCCCUCCUCUUCUUCCCAUCCAUUUUCUCAAUCUCUUUCCCUCCUCUUCUUCCCAUCCAUUUUCUCAGUCUCUUUCCCUCCUCUUCUUCCCAUCCAUUUUCUCAAUCUCUUUCCCUCCUCUUCUUCCCAUCCAUGUUCUCAGUCUCUUUCCCUCCUCUUCUUCCCAUCCAUUUGCUCAAUCUCUUUCCCUCCUCUUCUUUCCAUCCAUUUUCUCAAUCUCUUUCCCUCCUCUUCUUCCCAUCCAUGUUCUCAGUCUCUUUCCCUCCUCUUCUUCCCAUCCAUUUGCUCAAUCUCUUUCCCUCCUCUUCUUUCCAUCCAUUUUCUCAAUCUCUUUCCCUCCUCUUCUUCCCAUCCAUGUUCUCAAUCUCUUUCCCUCCUCUUCUUCCCAUCCAUUUUCUCAAUCUCUUUCCCUCCUCUUCUUCCCAUCCAUUUUCUCAGUCUCUUUCCCUCCUCUUCUUCCCAUCCAUUUGCUCAAUCUCUUUCCCUCCUCUUCUUUCCAUCCAUUUUCUCAAUCUCUUUCCCUCCUCUUCUUCCCAUCCAUGUUCUCAAUCUCUUUCCCUCCUCUUCUUACCAUCCAUUUUCUCAAUCUCUUUCCCUCCUCUUCUUCCCAUCCAUUUUCUCAGUCUCUUUCCCUCCUCUUCUUCCCAUCCAUUUUCUCAAUCUCUUUCCCUCCUCUUCUUCCCAUCCAUGUUCUCAGUCUCUUUCCCUCCUCUUCUUCCCAUCCAUUUGCUCAAUCUCUUUCCCUCCUCUUCUUUCCAUCCAUUUUCUCAAUCUCUUUCCCUCCUCUUCUUCCCAUCCAUGUUCUCAAUCUCUUUCCCUCCUCUUCUUCCCAUCCAUUUUCUCAAUCUCUUUCCCUCCUCUUCUUCCCAUCCAUUUUCUCAGUCUCUUUCCCUCCUCUUCUUCCCAUCCAUUUGCUCAAUCUCUUUCCCUCCUCUUCUUUCCAUCCAUUUUCUCAAUCUCUUUCCCUCCUCUUCUUCCCAUCCAUGUUCUCAAUCUCUUUCCCUCCUCUUCUUACCAUCCAUUUUCUCAAUCUCUUUCCCUCCUCUUCUUCCCAUCCAUUUUCUCAGUCUCUUUCCCUCCUCUUCUUCCCAUCCAUUUUCUCAGUCUCUUUCCCUCCUCUUCUUCCCAUCCAUUUUCUCAGUCUCUUUCCCUCCUCUUCUUCCCAUCCAUUUGCUCAAUCUCUUUCCCUCCUCUUCUUCCCAUCCAUGUUCUCAGUCUCUUUCCCUCCUCUUCUUCCCAUCCAUUUGCUCAAUCUCUUUCCCUCCUCUUCUUCCCAUCCAUUUUCUCAAUCUCUUUCCCUCCUCUUCUUCCCAUCCAUUUUCUCAGUCUCUUUCCCUCCUCUUCUUCCCAUCCAUUUGCUCAAUCUCUUUCCCUCCUCUUCUUUCCAUCCAUUUUCUCAAUCUCUUUCCCUCCUCUUCUUCCCAUCCAUGUUCUCAAUCUCUUUCCCUCCUCUUCUUCCCAUCCAUUUUCUCAAUCUCUUUCCCUCCUCUUCUUCCCAUCCGUUUUCUCAGUCUCUUUCCCUCCUCUUCUUCCCAUCCAUUUGCUCAGUCUCUUUCCCUCCUCUUCUUUCCAUCCAUUUUCUCAGUCUCUUUCCCUCCUCUUCUUCCCAUCCAUUUGCUCAGUCUCUUUCCCUCCUCUUCUUCCCAUCCAUUUUCUCAGUCUCUUUCCCUCCUCUUCUUCCCAUCCAUUUUCUCAGUCUCUUUCCCUCCUCUUCUUCCCAUCCAUUUUCUCAGUCUCUUUCCCUCCUCUUCUUCCCAUCCAUUUUCUCAAUCCCUUUCCCUCCUCUUCUUCCCAUCCAUUUUCUCAGUCUCUUUCCCUCCUCUUCUUCCCAUCCAUUUUCUCAGUCUCUUUCCCUCCUCUUCUUCCCAUCCAUUUUCUCAGUCUCUUUCCCUCCUCUUCUUCCCAUCCAUUUUCUCAGUCUCUUUCCCUCCUCUUCUUCCCAUCCAUUUGCUCAAUCUCUUUCCCUCCUCUUCUUUCCAUCCAUUUUCUCAAUCUCUUUCCCUCCUCUUCUUCCCAUCCAUGUUCUCAAUCUCUUUCCCUCCUCUUCUUACCAUCCAUUUUCUCAAUCUCUUUCCCUCCUCUUCUUCCCAUCCAUUUUCUCAGUCUCUUUCCCUCCUCUUCUUCCCAUCCAUUUUCUCAAUCUCUUUCCCUCCUCUUCUUCCCAUCCAUGUUCUCAGUCUCUUUCCCUCCUCUUCUUCCCAUCCAUUUGCUCAAUCUCUUUCCCUCCUCUUCUUUCCAUCCAUUUUCUCAAUCUCUUUCCCUCCUCUUCUUCCCAUCCAUGUUCUCAAUCUCUUUCCCUCCUCUUCUUCCCAUCCAUUUUCUCAAUCUCUUUCCCUCCUCUUCUUCCCAUCCAUUUUCUCAGUCUCUUUCCCUCCUCUUCUUCCCAUCCAUUUGCUCAAUCUCUUUCCCUCCUCUUCUUUCCAUCCAUUUUCUCAAUCUCUUUCCCUCCUCUUCUUCCCAUCCAUGUUCUCAAUCUCUUUCCCUCCUCUUCUUACCAUCCAUUUUCUCAAUCUCUUUCCCUCCUCUUCUUCCCAUCCAUUUUCUCAGUCUCUUUCCCUCCUCUUCUUCCCAUCCAUUUUCUCAGUCUCUUUCCCUCCUCUUCUUCCCAUCCAUUUUCUCAGUCUCUUUCCCUCCUCUUCUUCCCAUCCAUUUGCUCAAUCUCUUUCCCUCCUCUUCUUCCCAUCCAUGUUCUCAGUCUCUUUCCCUCCUCUUCUUCCCAUCCAUUUGCUCAAUCUCUUUCCCUCCUCUUCUUUCCAUCCAUUUUCUCAAUCUCUUUCCCUCCUCUUCUUCCCAUCCAUGUUCUCAAUCUCUUUCCCUCCUCUUCUUCCCAUCCAUUUUCUCAAUCUCUUUCCCUCCUCUUCUUCCCAUCCGUUUUCUCAGUCUCUUUCCCUCCUCUUCUUCCCAUCCAUUUGCUCAGUCUCUUUCCCUCCUCUUCUUUCCAUCCAUUUUCUCAGUCUCUUUCCCUCCUCUUCUUCCCAUCCAUUUGCUCAGUCUCUUUCCCUCCUCUUCUUCCCAUCCAUUUUCUCAGUCUCUUUCCCUCCUCUUCUUCCCAUCCAUUUUCUCAGUCUCUUUCCCUCCUCUUCUUCCCAUCCAUUUUCUCAGUCUCUUUCCCUCCUCUUCUUCCCAUCCAUUUUCUCAAUCCCUUUCCCUCCUCUUCUUCCCAUCCAUUUUCUCAGUCUCUUUCCCUCCUCUUCUUCCCAUCCAUUUUCUCAGUCUCUUUCCCUCCUCUUCUUCCCAUCCAUUUUCUCAGUCUCUUUCCCUCCUCUUCUUCCCAUCCAUUUUCUCAGUCUCUUUCCCUCCUCUUCUUCCCAUCCAUUUGCUCAAUCUCUUUCCCUCCUCUUCUUUCCAUCCAUUUUCUCAAUCUCUUUCCCUCCUCUUCUUCCCAUCCAUGUUCUUAAUCUCUUUCCCUCCUCUUCUUCCCAUCCAUUUUCUCAGUCUCUUUCCCUCCUCUUCUUCCCAUCCAUUUUCUCAGUCUCUUUCCCUCCUCUUCUUCCCAUCCAUUUUCUCAGUCUCUUUCCCUCCUCUUCUUCCCAUCCAUUUUCUCAAUCUCUUUCCCUCCUCUUCUUCCCAUCCAUUUUCUCAGUCUCUUUCCCUCCUCUUCUUCCCAUCCAUUUGCUCAAUCUCUUUCCCUCCUCUUCUUUCCAUCCAUUUUCUCAAUCUCUUUCCCUCCUCUUCUUCCCAUCCAUGUUCUCAAUCUCUUUCCCUCCUCUUCUUCCCAUCCAUUUUCUCAAUCUCUUUCCCUCCUCUUCUUCCCAUCCAUUUUCUCAGUCUCUUUCCCUCCUCUUCUUCCCAUCCAUUUUCUCAGUCUCUUUCCCUCCUCUUCUUCCCAUCCAUUUGCUCAAUCUCUUUCCCUCCUCUUCUUCCCAUCCAUGUUCUCAGUCUCUUUCCCUCCUCUUCUUCCCAUCCAUUUGCUCAAUCUCUUUCCCUCCUCUUCUUUCCAUCCAUUUUCUCAAUCUCUUUCCCUCCUCUUCUUCCCAUCCAUGUUCUCAAUCUCUUUCCCUCCUCUUCUUCCCAUCCAUUUUCUCAAUCUCUUUCCCUCCUCUUCUUCCCAUCCGUUUUCUCAGUCUCUUUCCCUCCUCUUCUUCCCAUCCAUUUGCUCAGUCUCUUUCCCUCCUCUUCUUUCCAUCCAUUUUCUCAGUCUCUUUCCCUCCUCUUCUUCCCAUCCAUUUGCUCAGUCUCUUUCCCUCCUCUUCUUCCCAUCCAUUUUCUCAGUCUCUUUCCCUCCUCUUCUUCCCAUCCAUUUUCUCAGUCUCUUUCCCUCCUCUUCUUCCCAUCCAUUUUCUCAGUCUCUUUCCCUCCUCUUCUUCCCAUCCAUUUUCUCAAUCCCUUUCCCUCCUCUUCUUCCCAUCCAUUUUCUCAGUCUCUUUCCCUCCUCUUCUUCCCAUCCAUUUUCUCAGUCUCUUUCCCUCCUCUUCUUCCCAUCCAUUUUCUCAGUCUCUUUCCCUCCUCUUCUUCCCAUCCAUUUUCUCAGUCUCUUUCCCUCCUCUUCUUCCCAUCCAUUUGCUCAAUCUCUUUCCCUCCUCUUCUUUCCAUCCAUUUUCUCAAUCUCUUUCCCUCCUCUUCUUCCCAUCCAUGUUCUUAAUCUCUUUCCCUCCUCUUCUUCCCAUCCAUUUUCUCAGUCUCUUUCCCUCCUCUUCUUCCCAUCCAUUUUCUCAGUCUCUUUCCCUCCUCUUCUUCCAAUCCAUUUUCUCAGUCUCUUUCCCUCCUCUUCUUCCCAUCCAUUUUCUCAGUCUCUUUCCCUCCUCUUCUUCCCAUCCAUUUUCUCAAUCUCUUUCCCUCCUCUUCUUCCCAUCCAUUUUCUCAGUCUCUUUCCCUCCUCUUCUUCCCAUCCAUUUGCUCAGUCUCUUUCCCUCCUCUUCUUUCCAUCCAUUUUCUCAGUCUCUUUCCCUCCUCUUCUUCCCAUCCAUUUGCUCAGUCUCAAUCCCUCCUCUUCUUCCCAUCCAUUUUCUCAGUCUCUUUCCCUCCUCUUCUUCCCAUCCAUUUUCUCAGUCUCUUUCCCUCCUCUUCUUCCCAUCCAUUUUCUCAGUCUCUUUCCCUCCUCUUCUUCCCAUCCAUUUUCUCAAUCUCUUUCCCUCCUCUUCUUCCCAUCCAUUUUCUCAGUCUCUUUCCCUCCUCUUCUUCCCAUCCAUUUGCUCAAUCUCUUUCCCUCCUCUUCUUUCCAUCCAUUUUCUCAAUCUCUUUCCCUCCUCUUCUUCCCAUCCAUGUUCUCAAUCUCUUUCCCUCCUCUUCUUCCCAUCCAUUUUCUCAGUCUCUUUCCCUCCUCUUCUUUCCAUCCAUUUUCUCAAUCUCUUUCCCUCCUCUUCUUCCCAUCCAUGUUCUCAAUCUCUUUCCCUCCUCUUCUUCCCAUCCAUUUUCUCAAUCUCUUUCCCUCCUCUUCUUCCCAUCCGUUUUCUCAGUCUCUUUCCCUCCUCUUCUUCCCAUCCAUUUGCUCAGUCUCUUUCCCUCCUCUUCUUUCCAUCCAUUUUCUCAGUCUCUUUCCCUCCUCUUCUUCCCAUCCAUUUGCUCAGUCUCUUUCCCUCCUCUUCUUCCCAUCCAUUUUCUCAGUCUCUUUCCCUCCUCUUCUUCCCAUCCAUUUGCUCAGUCUCUUUCCCUCCUCUUCUUCCCAUCCAUUUUCUCAGUCUCUUUCCCUCCUCUUCUUCCCAUCCAUUUUCUCAAUCCCUUUCCCUCCUCUUCUUCCCAUCCAUUUUCUCAGUCUCUUUCCCUCCUCUUCUUCCCAUCCAUUUUCUCAGUCUCUUUCCCUCCUCUUCUUCCCAUCCAUUUUCUCAGUCUCUUUCCCUCCUCUUCUUCCCAUCCAUUUUCUCAGUCUCUUUCCCUCCUCUUCUUCCCAUCCAUUUGCUCAAUCUCUUUCCCUCCUCUUCUUUCCAUCCAUUUUCUCAAUCUCUUUCCCUCCUCUUCUUCCCAUCCAUGUUCUUAAUCUCUUUCCCUCCUCUUCUUCCCAUCCAUUUUCUCAAUCUCUUUCCCUCCUCUUCUUCCCAUCCAUUUUCUCAGUCUCUUUCCCUCCUCUUCUUCCCAUCCAUUUGCUCAAUCUCUUUCCCUCCUCUUCUUUCCAUCCAUUUUCUCAAUCUCUUUCCCUCCUCUUCUUCCCAUCCAUGUUCUCAAUCUCUUUCCCUCCUCUUCUUCCCAUCCAUUUUCUCAAUCUCUUUCCCUCCUCUUCUUUCCAUCCAUUUUCUCAGUCUCUUUCCCUCCUCUUCUUCCCAUCCAUUUUCUCAAUCUCUUUCCCUCCUCUUCUUCCCAUCCAUUUUCUCAGUCUCUUUCCCUCCUCUUCUUCCCAUCCAUUUUCUCAGUCUCUUUCCCUCCUCUUCUUCCCAUCCAUUUUCUCAAUCUCUUUCCCUCCUCUUCUUCCCAUCCAUUUUCUCAGUCUCUUUCCCUCCUCUUCUUCCCAUCCAUUUGCUCAAUCUCUUUCCCUCCUCUUCUUUCCAUCCAUUUUCUCAAUCUCUUUCCCUCCUCUUCUUCCCAUCCAUGUUCUCAAUCUCUUUCCCUCCUCUUCUUACCAUCCAUUUUCUCAAUCUCUUUCCCUCCUCUUCUUCCCAUCCAUUUUCUCAGUCUCUUUCCCUCCUCUUCUUCCCAUCCAUUUUUUCAGUCUCUUUCCCUCCUCUUCUUCCCAUCCAUUUUCUCAAUCUCUUUCCCUCCUCUUCUUCCCAUCCAUUUUCUCAGUCUCUUUCCCUCCUCUUCUUCCCAUCCAUUUGCUCAAUCUCUUUCCCUCCUCUUCUUUCCAUCCAUUUUCUCAAUCUCUUUCCCUCCUCUUCUUCCCAUCCAUGUUCUCAAUCUCUUUCCCUCCUCUUCUUCCCAUCCAUUUUCUCAGUCUCUUUCCCUCCUCUUCUUCCCAUCCAUUUGCUCAAUCUCUUUCCCUCCUCUUCUUUCCAUCCAUUUUCUCAAUCUCUUUCCCUCCUCUUCUUCCCAUCCAUGUUCUCAAUCUCUUUCCCUCCUCUUCUUCCCAUCCAUUUUCUCAAUCUCUUUCCCUCCUCUUCUUCCCAUCCAUUUUCUCAGUCUCUUUCCCUCCUCUUCUUCCCAUCCAUUUGCUCAAUCUCUUUCCCUCCUCUUCUUUCCAUCCAUUUUCUCAAUCUCUUUCCCUCCUCUUCUUCCCAUCCAUGUUCUCAAUCUCUUUCCCUCCUCUUCUUACCAUCCAUUUUCUCAAUCUCUUUCCCUCCUCUUCUUCCCAUCCAUUUUCUCAGUCUCUUUCCCUCCUCUUCUUCCCAUCCAUUUUCUCAAUCUCUUUCCCUCCUCUUCUUCCCAUCCAUGUUCUCAGUCUCUUUCCCUCCUCUUCUUCCCAUCCAUUUGCUCAAUCUCUUUCCCUCCUCUUCUUUCCAUCCAUUUUCUCAAUCUCUUUCCCUCCUCUUCUUCCCAUCCAUGUUCUCAGUCUCUUUCCCUCCUCUUCUUCCCAUCCAUUUUCUCAAUCUCUUUCCCUCCUCUUCUUCCCAUCCAUUUUCUCAGUCUCUUUCCCUCCUCUUCUUCCCAUCCAUUUGCUCAAUCUCUUUCCCUCCUCUUCUUUCCAUCCAUUUUCUCAAUCUCUUUCCCUCCUCUUCUUCCCAUCCAUGUUCUCAAUCUCUUUCCCUCCUCUUCUUACCAUCCAUUUUCUCAAUCUCUUUCCCUCCUCUUCUUCCCAUCCAUUUUCUCAGUCUCUUUCCCUCCUCUUCUUCCCAUCCAUUUUCUCAGUCUCUUUCCCUCCUCUUCUUCCCAUCCAUUUUCUCAAUCUCUUUCCCUCCUCUUCUUCCCAUCCAUUUUCUCAGUCUCUUUCCCUCCUCUUCAUCCCAUCCAUUUGCUCAAUCUCUUUCCCUCCUCUUCUUCCCAUCCAUGUUCUCAGUCUCUUUCCCUCCUCUUCUUCCCAUCCAUUUGCUCAAUCUCUUUCCCUCCUCUUCUUACCAUCCAUUUUCUCAAUCUCUUUCCCUCCUCUUCUUCCCAUCCAUUUUCUCAGUCUCUUUCCCUCCUCUUCUUCCCAUCCAUUUGCUCAAUCUCUUUCCCUCCUCUUCUUCCCAUCCAUGUUCUCAGUCUCUUUCCCUCCUCUUCUUCCCAUCCAUUUGCUCAAUCUCUUUCCCUCCUCUUCUUUCCAUCCAUUUUCUCAAUCUCUUUCCCUCCUCUUCUUCCCAUCCAUUUUCUCAAUCUCUUUCCCUCCUCUUCUUCCCAUCCAUUUGCUCAAUCUCUUUCCCUCCUCUUCUUUCCAUCCAUUUUCUCAAUCUCUUUCCCUCCUCUUCUUCCCAUCCAUGUUCUCAAUCUCUUUCCCUCCUCUUCUCACCAUCCAUUUUCUCAAUCUCUUUCCCUCCUCUUCUUCCCAUCCAUUUUCUCAGUCUCUUUCCCUCCUCUUCUUCCCAUCCAUUUUCUCAAUCUCUUUCCCUCCUCUUCUUCCCAUCCAUUUUCUCAGUCUCUUUCCCUCCUCUUCAUCCCAUCCAUUUGCUCAAUCUCUUUCCCUCCUCUUCUUCCCAUCCAUGUUCUCAGUCUCUUUCCCUCCUCUUCUUCCCAUCCAUUUGCUCAAUCUCUUUCCCUCCUCUUCUUUCCAUCCAUUUUCUCAAUCUCUUUCCCUCCUCUUCUUCCCAUCCAUGUUCUCAAUCUCUUUCCCUCCUCUUCUUCCCAUCCAUUUUCUCAAUCUCUUUCCCUCCUCUUCUUCCCAUCCAUUUUCUCAGUCUCUUUCCCUCCUCUUCUUCCCAUCCAUUUGCUCAAUCUCUUUCCCUCCUCUUCUUUCCAUCCAUUUUCUCAAUCUCUUUCCCUCCUCUUCUUCCCAUCCAUGUUCUCAAUCUCUUUCCCUCCUCUUCUUCCCAUCCAUUUUCUCAAUCUCUUUCCCUCCUCUUCUUCCCAUCCAUUUUCUCAGUCCCUUUCCCUCCUCUUCUUCCCAUCCAUUUGCUGAGUCUCUUUCCCUCCUCUUCUUUCCAUCCAUUUUCUCAGUCUCUUUCCCUCCUCUUCUUCCCAUCCAUUUGCUCAGUCUCUUUCCCUCCUCUUCUUCCCAUCCAUUUUCUCAGUCUCUUUCCCUCCUCUUCUUCCCAUCCAUUUUCUCAGUCUCUUUCCCUCCUCUUCUUCCCAUCCAUUUUCUCAAUCUCUUUCCCUCCUCUUCUUCCCAUCCAUUUUCUCAGUCUCUUUCCCUCCUCUUCUUCCCAUCCAUUUGCUCAAUCUCUUUCCCUCCUCUUCUUCCCAUCCAUGUUCUCAGUCUCUUUCCCUCCUCUUCUUCCCAUCCAUUUGCUCAAUCUCUUUCCCUCCUCUUCUUUCCAUCCAUUUUCUCAAUCUCUUUCCCUCCUCUUCUUCCCAUCCAUGUUCUCAAUCUCUUUCCCUCCUCUUCUUCCCAUCCAUUUUCUCAGUCUCUUUCCCUCCUCUUCUUCCCAUCCAUUUUCUCAGUCUCUUUCCCUCCUCUUCUUCCCAUCCAUUUUCUCAGUCUCUUUCCCUCCUCUUCUUCCCAUCCAUUUGCUCAAUCUCUUUCCCUCCUCUUCUUCCCAUCCAUGUUCUCAGUCUCUUUCCCUCCUCUUCUUCCCAUCCAUUUGCUCAAUCUCUUUCCCUCCUCUUCUUUCCAUCGAUUUUCUCAAUCUCUUUCCCUCCUCUUCUUCCCAUCCAUUUUCUCAAUCUCUUUCCCUCCUCUUCUUCCCAUCCAUUUUCUCAGUCUCUUUCCCUCCUCUUCUUCCCAUCCAUUUGCUCAAUCUCUUUCCCUCCUCUUCUUCCCAUCCAUGUUCUCAGUCUCUUUCCCUCCUCUUCUUCCCAUCCAUUUGCUCAAUCUCUUUCCCUCCUCUUCUUUCCAUCCAUUUUCUCAAUCUCUUUCCCUCCUCUUCUUCCCAUCCAUGUUCUCAAUCUCUUUCCCUCCUCUUCUUCCCAUCCAUUUGCUCAAUCUCUUUCCCUCCUCUUCUUUCCAUCCAUUUUCUCAAUCUCUUUCCCUCCUCUUCUUCCCAUCCAUGUUCUCAAUCUCUUUCCCUCCUCUUCUCACCAUCCAUUUUCUCAAUCUCUUUCCCUCCUCUUCUUCCCAUCCAUUUUCUCAGUCUCUUUCCCUCCUCUUCUUCCCAUCCUUUUUCUCAAUCUCUUUCCCUCCUCUUCUUCCCAUCCAUGUUCUCAGUCUCUUUCCCUCCUCUUCUUCCCAUCCAUUUGCUCAAUCUCUUUCCCUCCUCUUCUUUCCAUCCAUUUUCUCAAUCUCUUUCCCUCCUCUUCUUCCCAUCCAUUCUCUUUCCCUCCUCUUCUUCCCAUCCAUUUGCUCAAUCUCUUUCCCUCCUCUUCUUUCCAUCCAUUUUCUCAAUCUCUUUCCCUCCUCUUCUUCCCAUCCAUGUUCUCAAUCUCUUUCCCUCCUCUUCUUACCAUCCAUUUUCUCAAUCUCUUUCCCUCCUCUUCUUCCCAUCCAUUUUCUCAGUCUCUUUCCCUCCUCUUCUUCCCAUCCAUUUUCUCAGUCUCUUUCCCUCCUCUUCUUCCCAUCCAUUUUCUCAAUCUCUUUCCCUCCUCUUCUUCCCAUCCAUUUUCUCAGUCUCUUUCCCUCCUCUUCUUCCCAUCCAUUUGCUCAAUCUCUUUCCCUCCUCUUCUUUCCAUCCAUUUUCUCAAUCUCUUUCCCUCCUCCUCUUCCCAUCCAUUUUCUCAGUCUCUUUCCCUCCUCUUCUUCCCAUCCAUUUUCUCAGUCUCUUUCCCUCCUCUUCUUCCCAUCCAUUUUCUCAGUCUCUUUCCCUCCUCUUCUUCCCAUCCAUUUGCUCAAUCUCUUUCCCUCCUCUUCUUCCCAUCCAUGUUCUCGGUCUCUUUCCCUCCUCUUCUUCCCAUCCAUUUGCUCAAUCUCUUUCCAUCCUCUUCUUUCCAUCCAUUUUCUCAAUCUCUUUCCCUCCUCUUCUUCCCAUCCAUGUUCUCAAUCUCUUUCCCUCCUCUUCUUACCAUCCAUUUUCUCAAUCUCUUUCCCUCCUCUUCUUCCCAUCCAUUUUCUCAGUCUCUUUCCCUCCUCUUCUUCCCAUCCAUUUGCUCAAUCUCUUUCCCUCCUCUUCUUUCCAUCCAUUUUCUCAAUCUCUUUCCCUCCUCUUCUUCCCAUCCAUGUUCUCAAUCUCUUUCCCUCCUCUUCUUCCCAUCCAUUUUCUCAAUCUCUUUCCCUCCUCUUCUUCCCAUCCAUUUUCUCAGUCUCUUUCCCUCCUCUUCUUCCCAUCCAUUUGCUCAAUCUCUUUCCCUCCUCUUCUUUCCAUCCAAUUUCUCAAUCUCUUUCCCUCCUCUUCUUCCCAUCCAUGUUCUCAAUCUCUUUCCCUCCUCUUCUUCCCAUCCAUUUUCUCAAUCUCUUUCCCUCCUCUUCUUCCCAUCCAUUUUCUCAGUCUCUUUCCCUCCUCUUCUUCCCAUCCAUUUUCUCAGUCUCUUUCCCUCCUCUUCUUCCCAUCCAUUUUCUCAAUCUCUUUCCCUCCUCUUCUUCCCAUCCAUUUUCUCAAUCUCUUUCCCUCCUCUUCUUCCCAUCCAUUUUCUCAGUCUCUUUCCCUCCUCUUCUUCCCAUCCAUUUGCUCAAUCUCUUUCCCUCCUCUUCUUUCCAUCCAUUUUCUCAAUCUCUUUCCCUCCUCCUCUUCCCAUCCAUUUUCUCAGUCUCUUUCCCUCCUCUUCUUCCCAUCCAUUUUCUCAGUCUCUUUCCCUCCUCUUCUUCCCAUCCAUUUUCUCAGUCUCUUUCCCUCCUCUUCUUCCCAUCCAUUUGCUCAAUCUCUUUCCCUCCUCUUCUUCCCAUCCAUGUUCUCGGUCUCUUUCCCUCCUCUUCUUCCCAUCCAUUUGCUCAAUCUCUUUCCAUCCUCUUCUUUCCAUCCAUUUUCUCAAUCUCUUUCCCUCCUCUUCUUCCCAUCCAUGUUCUCAAUCUCUUUCCCUCCUCUUCUUACCAUCCAUUUUCUCAAUCUCUUUCCCUCCUCUUCUUCCCAUCCAUUUUCUCAGUCUCUUUCCCUCCUCUUCUUCCCAUCCAUUUGCUCAAUCUCUUUCCCUCCUCUUCUUUCCAUCCAUUUUCUCAAUCUCUUUCCCUCCUCUUCUUCCCAUCCAUGUUCUCAAUCUCUUUCCCUCCUCUUCUUCCCAUCCAUUUUCUCAAUCUCUUUCCCUCCUCUUCUUCCCAUCCAUUUUCUCAGUCUCUUUCCCUCCUCUUCUUCCCAUCCAUUUGCUCAAUCUCUUUCCCUCCUCUUCUUUCCAUCCAAUUUCUCAAUCUCUUUCCCUCCUCUUCUUCCCAUCCAUGUUCUCAAUCUCUUUCCCUCCUCUUCUUCCCAUCCAUUUUCUCAAUCUCUUUCCCUCCUCUUCUUCCCAUCCAUUUUCUCAGUCUCUUUCCCUCCUCUUCUUCCCAUCCAUUUUCUCAGUCUCUUUCCCUCCUCUUCUUCCCAUCCAUUUUCUCAAUCUCUUUCCCUCCUCUUCUUCCCAUCCAUUUUCUCAGUCUCUUUCCCUCCUCUUCUUCCCAUCCAUUUGCUCAAUCUCUUUCCCUCCUCUUCUUUCCAUCCAUUUUCUCAGUCUCUUUCCCUCCUCUUCUUCCCAUCCAUUUUCUCAGUCUCUUUCCCUCCUCUUCUUCCCAUCCAUUUUCUCAAUCUCUUUCCCUCCUCUUCUUCCCAUCCAUUUUCUCAGUCUCUUUCCCUCCUCUUCUUCCCAUCCAUUUGCUCAAUCUCUUUCCCUCCUCUUCUUUCCAUCCAUUUUCUCAAUCUCUUUCCCUCCUCUUCUUCCCAUCCAUGUUCUCAAUCUCUUUCCCUCCUCCUCUUCCCAUCCAUUUUCUCAGUCUCUUUCCCUCCUCUUCUUCCCAUCCAUUUUCUCAGUCUCUUUCCCUCCUCUUCUUCCCAUCCAUUUUCUCAGUCUCUUUCCCUCCUCUUCUUCCCAUCCAUUUGCUCAAUCUCUUUCCCUCCUCUUCUUCCCAUCCAUGUUCUCGGUCUCUUUCCCUCCUCUUCUUCCCAUCCAUUUGCUCAAUCUCUUUCCAUCCUCUUCUUUCCAUCCAUUUUCUCAAUCUCUUUCCCUCCUCUUCUUCCCAUCCAUGUUCUCAAUCUCUUUCCCUCCUCUUCUUCCCAUCCAUUUUCUCAAUCUCUUUCCCUCCUCUUCUUCCCAUCCAUUUUCUCAGUCCCUUUCCCUCCUCUUCUUCCCAUCCAUUUGCUGAGUCUCUUUCCCUCCUCUUCUUUCCAUCCAUUUUCUCAGUCUCUUUCCCUCCUCUUCUUCCCAUCCAUUUGCUCAGUCUCUUUCCCUCCUCUUCUUCCCAUCCAUUUUCUCAGUCUCUUUCCCUCCUCUUCUUCCCAUCCAUUUUCUCAGUCUCUUUCCCUCCUCUUCUUCCCAUCCAUUUUCUCAAUCUCUUUCCCUCCUCUUCUUCCCAUCCAUUUUCUCAGUCUCUUUCCCUCCUCUUCUUCCCAUCCAAUUGCUCAAUCUCUUUCCCUCCUCUUCUUCCCAUCCAUGUUCUCAGUCUCUUUCCCUCCUCUUCUUCCCAUCCAUUUGCUCAAUCUCUUUCCCUCCUCUUCUUUCCAUCCAUUUUCUCAAUCUCUUUCCCUCCUCUUCUUCCCAUCCAUGUUCUCAAUCUCUUUCCCUCCUCUUCUUCCCAUCCAUUUUCUCAAUCUCUUUCCCUCCUCUUCUUCCCAUCCAUUUGCUCAAUCUCUUUCCCUCCUCUUCUUUCCAUCCAUUUUCUCAAUCUCUUUCCCUCCUCUUCUUCCCAUCCAUGUUCUCAAUCUCUUUCCCUCCUCUUCUUACCAUCCAUUUUCUCAAUCUCUUUCCCUCCUCUUCUUCCCAUCCAUUUUCUCAGUCUCUUUCCCUCCUCUUCUUCCCAUCCAUUUUCUCAGUCUCUUUCCCUCCUCUUCUUCCCAUCCAUUUUCUCAAUCUCUUUCCCUCCUCUUCUUCCCAUCCAUUUUCUCAGUCUCUUUCGCUCCUCUUCUUCCCAUCCAUUUGCUCAAUCUCUUUCCCUCCUCUUCUUUCCAUCCAUUUUCUCAAUCUCUUUCCCUCCUCUUCUUCCCAUCCAUGUUCUCAAUCUCUUUCCCUCCUCUUCUUCCCAUCCAUUUUCUCAGUCUCUUUCCCUCCUCUUCUUCCCAUCCAUUUUCUCAGUCUCUUUCCCUCCUCUUCUUCCCAUCCAUUUUCUCAGUCUCUUUCCCUCCUCUUCUUCCCAUCCAUUUGCUAAAUCUCUUUCCCUCCUCUUCUUCCCAUCCAUGUUCUCAGUCUCUUUCCCUCCUCUUCUUCCCAUCCAUUUGCUCAAUCUCUUUCCCUCCUCUUCUUUCCAUCCAUUUUCUCAAUCUCUUUCCCUCCUCUUCUUCCCAUCCAUGUUCUCAAUCUCUUUCCCUCCUCUUCUUCCCAUCCAUUUUCUCAAUCUCUUUCCCUCCUCUUCUUCCCAUCCAUUUUCUCAGUCCCUUUCCCUCCUCUUCUUCCCAUCCAUUUGCUGAGUCUCUUUCCCUCCUCUUCUUUCCAUUCAUUUUCUCAGUCUCUUUCCCUCCUCUUCUUCCCAUCCAUUUGCUCAGUCUCUUUCCCUCCUCUUCUUCCCAUCCAUUUUCUCAGUCUCUUUCCCUCCUCUUCUUCCAUCCAUUUUCUCAGUCUCUUUCCCUCCUCUUCUUCCCAUCCAUUUUCUCAGUCUCUUUCCCUCCUCUUCUUCCCAUCCAUUUUCUCAAUCUCUUUCCCUCCUCUUCUUCCCAUCCAUUUUCUCAGUCUCUUUCCCUCUUCUUCCCAUCCAUUUUCUCAGUCUCUUUCCCUCCUCUUCUUCCCAUCCAUUUUCUCAAUCUCUUUCCCUCCUCUUCUUCCCAUCCAUUUUCUCAGUCUCUUUCCCUCCUCUUCUUCCCAUCCAUUUGCUCAAUCUCUUUCCUUCCUCUUCUUUCCAUCCAUUUUCUCAAUCUCUUUCCCUCCUCUUCUUCCCAUCCAUGUUCUCAAUCUCUUUCCCUCCUCUUCUUCCCAUCCAUUUUCUCAAUCUCUUUCCCUCCUCUUCUUCCCAUCCAUUUUCUCAAUCUCUUUCCCUCCUCUUCUUCCCAUCCAUUUGCUCAAUCUCUUUCCCUCCUCUUCUUUCCAUCCAUUUUCUCAAUCUCUUUCCCUCCUCUUCUUCCCAUCCAUGUUCUCAAUCUCUUUCCCUCCUCUUCUUCCCAUCCAUUUUCUCAAUCUCUUUCCCUCCUCUUCUUCCCAUCCAUUUUCUCAGUCUCUUUCCCUCCUCUUCUUCCCAUCCAUUUGCUCAAUCUCUUUCCUUCCUCUUCUUCCCAUCCAUGUUCUCAGUCUCUUUCCCUCCUCUUCUUCCCAUCCAUUUGCUCAAUCUCUUUCCCUCCUCUUCUUUCCAUCCAUUUUCUCAAUCUCUUUCCCUCCUCUUCUUCCCAUCCAUGUUCUCAAUCUCUUUCCCUCCUCUUCUUCCCAUCCAUUUUCUCAAUCUCUUUCCCUCCUCUUCUUCCCAUCCAUGUUCUCAGUCUCUUUCCCUCCUCUUCUUUCCAUCCAUUUUCUCAAUCUCUUUCCCUCCUCUUCUUCCCAUCCAUGUUCUCAAUCUCUUUCCCUCCUCUUCUUCCCAUCCAUGUUCUCAGUCUCUUUCCCUCCUCUUCUUCCCAUCCAUUUGCUCAAUCUCUUUCCCUCCUCUUCUUUCCAUCCAUUUUCUCAAUCUCUUUCCCUCCUCUUCUUCCCAUCCAUGUUCUCAAUCUCUUUCCCUCCUCUUCUUACCAUCCAUUUUCUCAAUCUCUUUCCCUCCUCUUCUUCCCAUCCAUUUUCUCAGUCUCUUUCCCUCCUCUUCUUCCCAUCCAUUUGCUCAAUCUCUUUCCCUCCUCUUCUUUCCAUCCAUUUUCUCAAUCUCUUUCCCUCCUCUUCUUCCCAUCCAUGUUCUCAAUCUCUUUCCCUCCUCUUCUUCCCAUCCAUUUUCUCAAUCUCUUUCCCUCCUCUUCUUCCCAUCCAUUUUCUCAGUCUCUUUCCCUCCUCUUCUUCCCAUCCAUUUGCUCAAUCUCUUUCCCUCCUCUUCUUUCCAUCCAAUUUCUCAAUCUCUUUCCCUCCUCUUCUUCCCAUCCAUGUUCUCAAUCUCUUUCCCUCCUCUUCUUCCCAUCCAUUUUCUCAAUCUCUUUCCCUCCUCUUCUUCCCAUCCAUUUUCUCAGUCUCUUUCCCUCCUCUUCUUCCCAUCCAUUUGCUCAAUCUCUUUCCCUCCUCUUCUUCCCAUCCAUUUUCUCAAUCUCUUUCCCUCCUCUUCUUCCCAUCCAUUUUCUCAGUCUCUUUCCCUCCUCUUCUUCCCAUCCAUUUGCUCAAUCUCUUUCCCUCCUCUUCUUUCCAUCCGUUUUCUCAAUCUCUUUCCCUCCUCUUCUUCCCAUCCAUGUUCUCAAUCUCUUCCCUCCUCUUCUUCCCAUCCAUUUUCUCAAUCUCUUUCCCUCCUCUUUUUCCCAUCCAUUUUCUCAGUCUCUUUCCCUCAUCUUCUUCCCAUCCAUUUGCUCAAUCUCUUUCCCUCCUCUUCUUUCCAUCCAUUUUCUCAAUCUCUUUCCCUCCUCUUCUUCCCAUCCAUGUUCUCAAUCUCUUUCCCUCCUCUUCUUCCCAUCCAUUUUCUCAAUCUCUUUCCCUCCUCUUCUUCCCAUCCAUUUUCUCAGUCUCUUUCCCUCCUCUUCUUCCCAUCCAUUUUCUCAAUCUCUUUCCCUCCUCUUCUUCCCAUCCAUUUUCUCAGUCUCUUUCCCUCCUCUUCUUCCCAUCCAUUUGCUCAAUCUCUUUCCCUCCUCUUCUUCCCAUCCAUGUGCUCAAUCUCCGUUCCAUGUCAGUACCAAUAAUUUCUUCUUGCCAUUCUUUUCUCCUCCCGCAGAAGCGAGUGGGACUAAGAUCCAAAAGGCGUGUGGGACCAAGAUCUGCGAUCCCACGACUGACUGUGUGAGGGACGCUGCAGGCGGUGCAACCUGUGUGUGCAAGGCGGGCUAUCAGAGCAUCUCCGGCAAAUGUGUUGGCCCUACCACAUGUGGGAGCUGCCCUACAGGAGCCACAUGCACGGUUACUUCUAGCAAUGUGCCGUACUGCAUCUGUCCUCCCGGCUAUGGCAUGGGUUACUCGUCUUGCAUCAGCGGUAAGGUCAUGUCUCUAAAUCAUGGCACGUGCUUCCAAUAA